GAACAGUCGAUACGUACGAAAAACGACAGCCUCCGAUAACACAUAACAACUUGCGCGAAACGGCGCGAAUGGAGCGAUGACCCGUAGCAACGCCAAGGUCACGUUUCACCUGCCCUUCAUCCAUGGGGACAAAGCCAAAUCCACGCAGACCAAGGAAGAACAAGUGAAUCGUCUCAACAGCUUUUGGUUCUGCGAAGCGCAGCGACCACCUUCGAUCACCGACAAAGACGACAGAGUUGAAGCACCCAAGGCCAGCAACAUAUACGUCACCGAAAACCGGCGUCUUCAAUCCCUCCUCGUACGUCGAAAGCCACAACAUCGCGUCAAGCCGAAAAAAGUGCCGCGGCCUCGCAUCGUCGACGACUUGAUUUCAUUGGAAUACCGAUAUCAACAGAGCGCCAAGGUUGUGCAGCGAGCGUGGCGGCGGUUCAGUGCGCGGAGUUUCUGGCAACGGUACUUUCUUGCCAUUAAAGCCGCAGUCACCAUCCAACGCCAUGUCCGAGGCAUCCUCUGUCGCAAGUUCGUCAGAGUGUGGUACCGCUCCCGCUUACGCUUUGUCUCCAAGAUACAAGCGGUGUUCCGUGGUCACUUGUCCCGGCGCGUCUUACAGUCGCAGCUCCAAUGGGAACAUUACAACGUCAAUGUGAUCCAACGGUGGAGUCGAGGGCACUUUGGCCGACGGCGGGCACGGGCAGCGAGGCGUCACAUGGCAGCGGAACGGAUUCAGUGCCUGUGGCGCGGCGUCCAGAGUCGCCAGCAGUCGGAUCGCCUGUGGCUUGGCGCCAAGGCCACCACGAUCCAACGACACAUGCGAGGAUUCCUCGCACGAAAACACACUCAAUGCCAAAGCCAGCGGUGCCACGCUGCGGCCGUCGCGAUGCAAAGGCUCUUCCGAGGCACUUUGGCGCGCACCCGCAUCGAUGCAAUGCUGCGGGAUCGAGAAACCCACAACCGCAAGGUCGUGAUGAACGUUCUGGACGCGGAGAUUGCGUGGCAGACGGCGUACAUCGACAAGCUGCAGCGCCGACUAGCUAAAUCUCGCUUGGAGGUCACUGUGGUGGAAUUGGAAGUCGAGCUGCACCGCCUUCACGUGCAGAUCAACGAUAUGGAGUGCAUUUACAUCGACAUGUCGGACCAGCGAGCGAAAAUGUCGCCACGCGCCAUCACCGACGGAUGGCUCAGUGAAAUGGAGAUGAAAAUGGCCACGCAACGCCGCAUGAUCACCGCCGCCAAGUUGGACGCUAUCUUUGGCCAUGGAUACACGUUCAAGCAGCACGAUGCCAAGCUCACCGACCAUCGCGACCGGCUGGCGCGGGCUACAUUCCGCAAACAUCAAUUGGUCAAGUGGCGAACCGAAGAAUUUGUCGACUAUUGGACGGUAUGUAUAGUUUUCUACUGUCAUUCGUGGGUGCAGGACAAAGUGCUCGGUCGUAUCGACGUACUAGUAUACGAUAGCACUUGGUCAUAACAAUGCAUAUUUUUUUAUGGAUCGAUCAUAGAGGGAAAUGAACCAUUUGGCACGUGUGCGAGACGAAGCACAUCGUCGCAACGUUGCCGAGCAACGCCGCAAAUGGGCAGUGAAAUUCUACAACAAGUCGGGCAAAGUCCAGCUGCACCGCCCCGCGCCUCGAGUGGACACGACGUUUUCCAUGGCCAACACCAACCUCCUAGCAACUUCGUCCGCAACGACUGACUCGUCGGAUGAUGUUAUCGCCACCCUCUCGGACCAAGUCAAACUCGUGACAGUGCAGUCCCAGUUGGCCCAAGCCACGGAAAUGUUCACCCCUCUGCUCCAGCGCUUCUCGUCCACACACUCGGCCGUGCACCAAAUGACCCGUGACUGCAAACCCAACCUACCACCACUUGCAGACAACUUCGUCAACCAAGCAGCAGCUGAAGCUCAAGUCUCGUCAGAUUCUGUGACCACAAUGCCUAUUUCCCCCACAAAGUCAAAAUUGAAGUCUCCGACCAAGGCACAAGCGUCCCUACUAGCACCCCCCAAGCCCCCCCUCCGAUCUGCCACUGUACCGUGGUCGCUCUUGGAUCAGCUCGAAGCAGAAAAAGUCAAGUUCAAAACUGAACAAGCGGCGCGCAAAGCUGGAUUUACUACAAAUAAACACAGAAAGGAGGUGCCAGUACCCUCAAACUCUUAAAUAGCGGAUCUAUUGGCCUCUUGUUGUGAGGAACUGCUCCAAGUUGUAACGGGGACACAUUCACGCUGCAUUGCUACAGUAUCAUCGCCAGUGAAUACAACUCCU